GUUAUAAAUACACUUUUGGGGUAUCUCGGGUUCAUGCACCUUGCAUCAGCACCUGGGAAGAGGGGAGUCCAGGAUGUUGUUGUUGAUCCGGAUCCGGAUCCGCCCAGCCAGGCGUCACAGCACCGACAAGAUGGCCGAGAGUCCGGGACGAAAGUGAGGGAGGAAACAAAAACACAGGAGAAAGGUCCUUACUGCAGAUGCCAGACCUGUAGACACGGUAGUGCAAAGACAACAGCUUGGGACUCGGUUUUGUUUGGAACUCGGAUCUGCGGGUGACAUCGUCUGCGGGUAUGCAGAGGAACUGUGGUCCGAGCCACGUCCAGGUCCAGGUCGGAACGUUUGUCAGGGAGUCUGCGUCGGCUAGCUAACUAGCUACUGCGCUCACCAUGUUAGCUAGCUGACAACACCGUUAGAGAGAAUACUCUUACAGAAAGGCAGUUUUUGGAUUUUAAAGGUUUAUAUUUGGUGCUACUAGCUGGUCUCUGAGAGGUAGCAUCUGUGCUGGCAGCAGAACUUCCCUGUGUGGGAGAACAGCAGCAGUUAACGGUUAGCUAGCUGUUAGCAAACUAACUGCGGAUUUCUUCAGAGUUAGCAUUACGUCUGUUAGCUUGCUCAGCUGUUCUGGAGGACUUGGGUUUGUUCCCAGAUAAGAACCACUACAUGAGGUCGUCUUUCUGUCUACUUAGGGGUACCUUAGGUGGUGCUCAGUAGGCCUGGAGGAUUUCUAACAGUGAAGGCACCGGACUGUAAACAUAAGUGAAGUCGAGGAGAGCCCAGCGUCGUCGGACGAGGCGCAGAUCAAGGCAGCAUCACCAUGGCCCACUCUCCCGUCCAGGGUCACCUGCCGGGGAUGCAGAACACCAAAGCUGACCCGGAGGAGCUGUUCACCAAGCUGGAGCGCAUUGGCAAGGGCUCGUUCGGCGAGGUGUUCAAAGGCAUCGACAAUCGCACGCAGAAGGUGGUGGCCAUCAAGAUCAUCGACCUGGAGGAGGCGGAGGACGAGAUCGAGGACAUUCAGCAGGAGAUCACGGUGCUGAGCCAGUGCGACAGCCCCUUUGUCACCAAAUACUACGGCUCGUACUUAAAGGACACAAAGUUAUGGAUCAUUAUGGAGUACUUAGGCGGAGGAUCGGCGCUAGAUUUGAUGGAGCCAGGAGCUCUAGACGAGACCCAGAUCGCCACCAUCCUGCGGGAGAUCCUCAAGGGCCUGGAGUACCUGCACUCUGAGAAGAAGAUCCACAGGGAUAUCAAAGCUGCCAACGUACUGCUGUCCGAGCAGGGCGAGGUGAAGCUGGCGGAUUUUGGCGUGGCGGGACAGCUGACGGACACUCAGAUCAAACGCAACACCUUUGUUGGCACGCCGUUUUGGAUGGCGCCCGAGGUGAUCAAACAGUCAGCGUAUGACUCCAAGGCUGAUAUCUGGUCUCUGGGCAUCACAGCCAUCGAGCUGGCGAAAGGCGAGCCGCCGCACUCAGAGCUCCACCCCAUGAAGGUGUUAUUCCUCAUCCCAAAGAACAACCCGCCCACGCUGGAGGGCAACUACAGCAAACCGCUCAAGGAGUUCAUCGAGGCCUGUCUCAACAAGGAGCCCAGUUUUAGGCCGACCGCCAAAGAGCUGCUGAAGCAUAAGCUGAUCGUCCGACAUGCGAAAAAGACCUCUUACCUGACCGAGCUGGUGGACAAGUACAAGAGGUGGAAGGCGGAGCAGUCCAGAACCACAGAGUCCAGUUCAGACGAGUCUGACUCGGAGCAGGACGGCCAGGCGUCGGGCGGGAACGACUUCGGCAGCGACGACUGGAUCUUCACCAUCCGAGAGAAGGACCCCAAGAAGCUGCAAAACGGGGAGGGGCAGUCGGGGGGAACAGACCAGACAAAAGACAUUCCAAAGAGGCCUUAUUCACAGAGCCUGGGCACAGUCAUCUCUCCUGCACUAUCUGAGCUGAAGGCGAGACAGGAGCAGGUGAACGGGAACCCCAUGGUCCUGGACGAGCUGAGGGAGGCCAUCCUGCUGGCUGAGGAGGCGUACCCCGGCAUCUCCGACUCGCUGGUGGCUCACAUGGUGCACAGGCUUCAAAGUUUCUCCACAAGCAGGACGUCCUCCUCCUCCCCUUAGAAUCUGGCUCUCAGCCCCAGCCCUGCUCUCCCAGGCCCCCACCUCCCCCCCUAACACCACCUCCAGGUCAGAGGUCAAGCCAUUCAACAGCAGCUGACUGCGUCUGACCUCCUGUGUAGGUGGGGGAGCUUACCUAGCCUGUAAAAAUUACUGAACUCCACAGCGGAGGAUAAAAAAAAGAGACUCUGGAGAGCUUCUUUCAGUCCGAAGUUUGGCGGGACAAGACUCAAAGUCGGCUCGACCCACCGGAGACUUGGCUACAUGGAAUACGUAUUACGAGAAGCUGAAAAUCCCCCCCCUCCCCCCUCAAAAUCCCAGACUUCUUCAACCCCCUUCUCUUAAUGCAGGCGUCAUAUCCCCAGAACCUCUGACAGCAUGCUUGAUGAACCUGCAGGGAUACAAGUGCGCAAGCUGCGUGUGUGUGAGUGCUUCAAACGGGCACCUUGCGAGCGUGUUUGCGUGCGUGCUCUUGCGUAUGUAAGAUUCCCUGUUAAGGCAAAUUGCAGCAUUCUUAAUGAAACCUCAGGUAAAGUGCUUUAAGUGGACUUGGAGGCAUCGAAAAGAGGAGGAGACGGAGGGAGGAAAAGGGGGGUUGUCGCCAUGCUGUACAUGAUUUCAAGUUGCGGGAAAUGAAUCACUGUGUACAAAAUGGUCCUGCGCAUUUUGUAGAUAUUGAUAAUGUUUAAAAAAAAAGUAGAUAUUUAAAGAUUUCAGAAGUAACUCCAACAGACGGAAACAGAAAAUGCCUUGCCUUUUUGAGAUACACACAUCUGCGUUCUGGCAUCAGAAGUUUGUUUUCUUUUACUCGUCCGUGAGUGAGAUUCAGUAUCCAUCAGUAUUUUUUUAAAGUGACUGAGUUUCAAUCCUCCAUUUCAAUCAUCACACUAACUAUGAUACUAAGCGUACUUUAUUUAGAGGCAGGGGGAGAACUCCUACCUGUGCUUAUGUUUAGACAAUUUAAGUCAGUUUUGAAAUUGUUUAGUAUAAGAUUGAAGGGAGGUCUGUGUCGGCGGUGGCUCUUUAACAACAGUAUUCAGUCGGACAUUUACAAAGUGGAACCACUACACGCUGCGUCAUGCAGAUAUCAUGAGAAGUAUUAUUUUUCCUUGGCUUCUAAUUUAUCCUUUCAAGCUAAAGUAAAGGCGAGGCAAUCAUUUAAUAAUCAUGUUUUCAUGGCCAAACUAGACCAGGUCGAAGCUAAGCUGCAGAAAUCAACGCCAUUCUUAUUCCCCUCGCUCCAAAACAUUUCUGUUCUCACUUCCACACCGUGCUAGAAGUGCCAUGUCCUCUUUGACGCUUUCACCACAUUUGUAGUAUGAUUUGCACCUUUGUUUUUUUUGUUUUUCAGAUCAGUUGUUUUGCACUUUGACAGUGUGUUGAGUAUUUAAAGAGACCUGUAAGAGGACAAAAAAGAACAAGAAAAAAGUCGCUAAUAGCCAUGUUUUACUAUAUAUGUUUACUUAAGAGUUCCAGAAUUUACUACUGUGCUAAUGCAGCAAUAAUGUUGAGGAGUUGCAUCAAGACGCACUUGUCAACACAGGGACUGAAAGAAAUUAAGAAAUAUCAGAUAUUUUUAUAACUGCAAAGAGUUAAGUAUGGAAAUAUGGAAUGCUUUAUGGAUAUGGGCACCUGCCUCUGGCAAAAAAUAUCUAUACCUUACAGAAAAACAUAUGCUACGGAAAUAACUACAAAAUGUGUACAUUUGGUCUCCUUUAUCAUAGCUGACAGUUUAUAGUACUGUAUAUAAUCUUUGCUUGUGUCAUUUGAGAAUUCCCAAGUUAAAUGUAAGCUCCUUGUAAGCUUUCAAAGUGACAUGAGAAAUAAAGAUCUAAUGCUAACUGAG